UGAGUCUUUGUGUAACCAGUUGAUCUUUGCUCUGUUUGGUGUUGGUUGGAAAUUGGUUAUCAUUAACCAGUUGAGAACUCUGAACAUUGAUUCUAUGCUUCCACAUAAUUAAAACUUACCAAGCACGGUUUAUAGUUCUCUUCCUUAUCAGAUGUGAUAGCAGAUGGCUUAUAAAUACAAUGUGCUCUUGGGGUCAGACUGCAGAUGAAGUGAAGAAGAAAAGAAAGUUGAGAAACGGUGAGAGUGUUGAAGCUCACAGCCAUCAUGAAGGUGACUGCUAUAAUCUUGGCUCUCUUUGUGAUCACAGGAACUCGAGGUGCAGUCCUAUGGCGAAAUGAGCCCCAAACACGUCUAGAUGACCUGAAGAAUACUCUUCAGAACUACUUUAGUCAAGUUAGUGUCAAAGCUCGAGACACUAUUGACCAUAUUGAUAACUAUGAGUUUGGCAAGCAGCUAAACCUAACAAUUUCAGAGAGCUUGGAGAAACUCAACGGAUAUGUUACAGAACUGCAAAGGAUUGUGUCUCCUUUGUCGGAUGAAAUUCGUCAGAGAUUGCAAAACGACAGAUUGCAGCUGGAGAAGAAGAUUCAGACGGACUUGCAGGAGUUCAAAGUUAAAGUCCUUCAGUAUGCCAGUGACCUCCGCAGUAGGGUCAAUCUUAGUGUUGAGCCAUCCCAGUUUAUGCUAGAACCCCUGGCCAGCAGCAUACAGGAGCAGGUUAUUCAGAAUGCGAAAAGUCUCCACCAAAGGCUGACCCCUUUAGCUGAGAAGAUCAAGGCAAAAAUUCAGUCCAAUAUGAAGGACUUUAAAAUGAAUAUUGCACCAUUUUCUGAAACCGUUCGUGAGAGACUGGAUGCUCAUCCUUUUACCAGCAAACUGAGUGAAAACUUUGAUCAAAAGCUGGAAGAGAUGAGACAGACAUUCACUCCUCUGGUUGAGAACUUCCAAAAACAUCUCAGCCCAUAUGCUAAAGACCUUAAAAGCAAAUUGACCUCUCUGUGGGACAGACUCCACCAAAACAUUAAUGAAGGAUACUAAGAGAAACCCAAUGACCCAUUUUGUGCUGAGUAGUGGCCUAUCCUUUGUUUCAGUAUUAACUCCUUGAAGUUCCAAUGUUUACUUUAAAACCCUAAAGUUUACUUUAAACUUCAGGGUUUUAUUUAUUCUGUCACCAAAAUGCUACCUUAACAAACUUAUGACACUGCCUUUGCAAGAAAAAUUGUUCCCAUUCCUGGGGAAAUUUGUCACAAAUGAUGCUUUUGUCAGGCAAACUGAUGUGAAGAUCUAAAUGCACACAAUGACCUUCCCGAAGAAGGUGAGCAUUAGUGGGUUGCCAGGCUGUGUUGCUCUCUGUGAGCAUUACAAAUUAAUCUUCUACUAUAUUAAUCUGAUUUACCACAGGGAGCAAAUUUGAGGGAAUGUUUUAAUAAUAGCUUUGAAGGGUGUUUUGUCUUGAUGUGAUAAUGUUCUUGUGCAUUGCAGAGUAAUAAAACCAGUUCUGAAACAGCAGUGCUUUCUCCACUCCUGUGGAAAAUUAAGCCAGAGGGAAUUCUGUUGAAGGAGAUGGAUAAGAAGUAGGAGCAGGAGUAGGCAAUUCAUCCCCCUCAACCUGCUCCGACAAUAAACCUGAUCACGGCUGAUCUCAUCUUGGCAUCAACUCAAUUCUCCUGCCCGAUACACUUUAACCUGUUACUAAUUUUAAAAUCUAUCCUCUUCUUGAAUUUAUUCAGAGUUGUGGCAACAAUCACACUCUGGGGUAGUGAAUUCCACAGACUCUCAACCCUGUGAUAGAAGUAAUUUCUCCUCAUCUCUAUUUUAAAUGUCCCACCGCCUUAGCCCCUCAUUCUAGAUGUCACCACAAGGGGGAGCAUUCUUUUCCAUCCACAUUGUCAAUACCCUCUCAUACCUUUAAACAUGUCAAUUCAAUCUCCUCUCAUUCUUCUAAACUCUGGCGAGUGUGGGCCUAAACUGCUCAA